UUAUGACAAAACCCUUUCACUCCACACCAAUUCUCAUCCACACUUCUUACAUUAUCCAAAUUCAAAAAAAAAUGCCAUUCCAAAUUAAAACCAUAGAAAACGAGCAAGAAGAUCUUCAAUUCCUAGGAUUUUUUAGUAUCUUCAAAGAAUCAUUCAAGAUAAUCUUAACAUGGCCAAAGAUCUUCAUCCAAAUCACCCUUUCCCUUAUCCUACCUCAAUCAUUCCUCUUCUUAGCCAAUAAUUGGAUCUCCAAGCUUCUCCUUACCAAGAUCCACCAAAAUGAUACUUACAAAGUUGCUUCUCCUCCUUCACACUCAGUCCAUUCGGAAUGGAUAUCAUAUUGGCUUAUAAAAGCCGUCUACGUAAUAUUUUCUAUGGUAUUGUCACUUUUUAUCAUCUCUGCUGUCGUCUACAUAGUUGCUUGCAUCUAUACUGGCAAAGACAUCGCAUUCAAAAAGGUCAUGAGUGUGGUCCCGAAAGUGUGGAAACAACUCAUGGUCACUUUUCUAUGCAACUUUUGUAUAAUGUUUACAUACCUAUGCAUACUCUCCUUGGUUAUAGUCCUACCCAUAAUAUUCUUUUACAAACCGGAACGCGGUGGCCGCCACCUUGGUACGUCACAAAUAGGCGUGCUAGUAAUAGUGUUGCUUAUAAGUACACUACUAAUUUUGGGAUUCUUCUACAUUACGAUGAUUUGGCAAUUGGCUAAUGUUGUUUCGGUUAUGGAGAAAUCUUGUGGGUUUAAAGCCUUGAAAAAGAGCAAGAAAUUGAUCAAGGGUAAAAUGGGAACAUCAUUAGGUAUCUUUUUGGUGACUAACCUUUUUGCAAUACCAAUUUUAAUAUUAAUUGAGAAAUUAGCAAGAUUUGGGAUAUUAGUGGGGAUUUGUUUAGGAGUUUUAAGUUUAGUUUUGUGGACUUUCUUUACCCUAUUUGGACUUGUUGUCCAAACAGUGUUUUAUUUAGUGUGCAAAUCUUAUCACCAUGAGAGUAUUGAUAAAUCUUUGUUGUCUGAUCAUCUUGAUGUGUAUCUUGCUGAAUAUGUCCCUUUGAAGUCUGAAGGUAUACAUCUAGAGACCCUACAUCAUGUGUAAGUUUGAUAAUUGAUUAAAUUAUUGAAGGUAUUAUUCGAAA